GCGAGAUGGUUCACCUCCAUAUUCCGGUGCUUCCGUAACGGUUUUACAUUGUGAUUAGACCAGUUUUAAGCAAAAUUUUACGUUGUUUUGCGUAACACAAAUUCGAAUUACUUACACACAUUCAUAUAUGAGAGAUAAUUGCUGUAUUUUAAUCCGUGUCGGCGUUCUUAUUAUUUGUUGACGGGUUCAUUCUGAAACGUUGCUGAGAGUUUGUCUUUUGGGCGAGGGGGUACUAUCUUGUGGGGAUCAAAGGUCUACCACUUCCUGCAUCUCCCUCCUUCACAAUCUCCAGGUGCAGUCCAGGAAAACUGUGGCUAUUGCACAGCGUUAGCAUCAAAAGCAAUGUCUGGAAGUCCUGCUGUUGUUAUGCGACUGGUGGCCUCAGCCUAUGCUGUGGCUGAAAAGGCUGGGACCAUUGUACGGAAUGUCCUUCACAGUGGAGAACUUGGUAUUGUGGAAAAGACAGGCGCUAAUGAUCUGCAAACACUGGCAGACAGACUAGCACAGCAGAGCAUUUGUGCUUCACUGUCCAAACGUUUCCCCAAAAUCACCAUAAUUGGAGAGGAGGAUCUUCCUUCUGAAGUGAUACAGGAAGAUCUAAUUGAGACUGGCCAGUCAGAGGAAAUUCUUCAGAGGAGUUGUCCACCUGAGUACAGCCAGCUGAAAGAAGAAGAGAUAGUUGUGUGGGUAGAUCCUCUUGAUGGCACAAAGGAAUAUACUGAAGGGCUCCUGGAUAAUGUGACAGUGCUCAUUGGGAUUGCAUAUGGAGGCAAAGCCAUCGCAGGCGUGAUCAACCAGCCAUUCUACAACUACCAGCUUGGUGCAGGAACACAAUUAGGAAGAACCAUGUGGGGGAUGCUGGGAUUGGGCGCUUUUGGGUUCCAGCUCCAGGAAGUUCCAGGUGACAGACGGAUUGUCACCACCACCCGUUCCCAUAGCAACAAGCUGGUAACAGACUGUGUGGAUGCCAUGGAGCCUCACGAAGUUGUACGAGUGGGUGGUGCUGGAAAUAAGAUUAUCCAGCUUGUUGAAGGAAAAGCUUCUGCCUAUGUCUUUGCUAGUCCAGGGUGCAAGAAGUGGGACACUUGUGCUCCUGAAGCAAUCCUGCAUGCUGUUGGAGGUAAACUGACUGAUAUGCAUGGAAAUGCAUACCGCUAUGAUGCUAGUGUAAAGCACAUGAACUCUGCCGGGGUUCUUGCUACACUCCGUAACCACAAGUACUACGUCAGCAGAGUACCACAGUCAGUGCUGCAAGCUCUCAAGUCAGACUGAGGUCUGUCUUUAUGUUGUCAAAACAUACAGUGUAAAAUCACUGUUUUGUUUUUUUAGUAACCACAUUAUUUGACUGGUGUAUCUAAUUUUUAAAUGUAACUAGUAACAGCAGUUUUGAGGGUAUUCUGUGUUCCUGUGCCUAAAACAAAUCACCGUGAUUUCUGAGUGUCAGCAGACUAACCAAACUACCACUAUGAUCUGCACUAAUUUAAUGAAUCAGACACAAGUAUUAAAGCAGGCUUAACAGCA